GGGGGAUGGUUGUAUGCCCGUGGCGCAUUUCAUACAUCCGAGUGUAAUGGUAACCAGAUAGAGAGGCGCCGCGCGCGGGGACCAUCGGCCGGCGUUAACACCCGAGAACGUUAUGCUAAAGUAUGCAUGCACGAGGGUCGGUCCAAUGGUCAGGAAUCUCGCGAGUUCGUUCGCUCUACAGCGGCACGUAUCCGGACCCGCGGCACUCGUUUCUUCAUCUCGGCCCCGGUGCUCGCGGAUCCGCGUCGGCGACGCCGCGUCCUACCUCGCGUCAAUCGUCACCACCGCCGCGUCUUCGUCCACGUCUUUCCCGGCCUCGCCGACGUCGAUCGUCAUGUGUGUCGCGCGGGAGGAGGCGGUGCUAAGCCGCUGCUACGCGCGUGAACCCUUAUUCGAUCGGUAAGGUGGAGAUCGGCCCGGCCUUGCGGCGGCGGCGGCGACGAGGGGGAGAACACUGGCGGGGGAUGAUUCCAGCGUAAUGACGAUCGGCCCGAAUUGUUGCGAUGGAAUAUGGGAUCUGGAGUCUUCACGUCGCGGGUGAACUUUGGGGUGACCCGCGUCUCGCCCGAAGGCAUCCGAUUCUGCCUUCCGGCGCGACGCAGAUCCUGCCAAGGGCCGCGUUCGCCCUGAGCGCUCUGCACCGGCCCGACAUGCUGCCGCUGCCGCUGACGGCGGCGGGGCCACCCUACGUCCCGAUGGAGCUGGUCACGAAACCGGCCUCGGUCGCGUCCACCAAUGCCGAGGACGCCGACGACGCGGAGAAGAGCACGAACGGCGAAGACGAGGAUCCUCCGCAGCGCGACGACAACGAAGGUAACAUCGAAAAGGCCGAUCAAAACGAAAAUCAGACUUGCGUGCCAAACGAAAGUAACGACAACGAAGAUGCCGGUGACGAGAGCGAUACUGGUAGCACCAACAGUUCACAUCGAUCGGCAAACAACAACCUGUCAAUCGCGAAGCUUCCCGAUCCGAUGGCGUGCUUAGCCCUCGACAAGGAAGGAACGGUGACUCCUGUUCUAAACGGCUGGGUGCUGGGUGCUUACACGGCGAUGCUGGGCAGACUGUCUGCCGCCACUGCGGCACUGGAGGCGACGGAAGUUCCCAAUAUUCCCUCCGACAGUGAUUCCGAGAGCGAGCAUUCAUCCUACACCGAAAAAUCGAGAGGCAGCAGUCCGAACGUGAGCAGCGUUCAUCGCGGCUACUCGUGCGGCUCCUGCGAUGUGGUGGCACCGACGAGACCGGCCUUGAGAAAGCACAUAGCCGAUUACCAUCCCGCUCUGUCCGGCACGGAGACCGGGGAGACCAAGAGGUGUCCGUCCACGGGCUGUGACUUCACGACGAGCAGUAGGUGCGAGAUGGAGACGCAUGUGGCGGCGCAUGUGGCCCAGGGGAUGACGCCUACGGGGAAGAAACGCUCGCUGGCCUUGCAGCGCGUCAGGUAUAGGUACGAGAGGGAGGAGUAUCGGUGCUCACUGUGCUCGUACGCAUGCACGAUCGAGAAGGCAUUUCAAAGACAUCUGCGAGCGCACGCGAGAGGCACCGCGCCGGAGACUAGGGUGAGUUGCGCCGUCUGCGGUGCCGACCGGUCGUCCGAGGUCGAUCUGAGCAGGCACAUGCGAAGGCAUCGCGACGACCGAUACUUCUGCUGCGAUAUCUGCAUCUUCCGCACGGUGCAACUGAAAAAGCUAAUACAGCAUCGUCGCAUGCACACGGGAGAGAAGCCGCAUCUGUGCCCGCACUGCGCCUACCGAAGCGCACGUCGUGACAAUCUACGCAGCCACGUACGGCGAGUGCAUAAAAAGGAGAACCUCUAUUGCGACACCUUCAGCCCGCGCGGCAUGCUAAUCACUCCCUCGCUGUUGGCUUCCUCGAGGGACACCACCGAACCCGAUUUGGUACAGAGCCCGGCAUCCUCGCCGUCCUCGAAUCCGGACGCGACCAACUAGCGAAAACGCCCCCGAAGAACGAAGAGAAGAGCAACGGCUCUAAGAGACCUGCGAAAAGAGAAAUCUGGGACUCGCCUGUCCUUUAUACGUCCUCAUUUUGUCAAUACUGCGAUCUAGAUAUAUUAGAAUUUACAGGAAGGCUUGUACAAGUGCUGAACUUGGCGGACAAACGAAGAAGAAUCGCAAAAUAGGAUAAAAAUUGAACCCCCCAAAAAAAUUGGAAAUUAUAAUUUUACCGAAAAGACAAUUUAAGAAGUAAACUAGAAGCAGAGAGUUGAGAUAAUUUACGAAAUUGAAUAGAGAAAUGAAGUCGAUCGAGUAAAACGGAUUGUUUCCCAAAUCAGCAUCGGCAAGGCUUCCCUCUUUUAGACGUUAGGAAACGUAUAGAUUAUUGCAUGCGAACGUCGAUAAUUUAAUGUAACCUUUGAAUUCUAACGAGAUCUUGUAUUAGCUAUGUAAACGUCCAAGUGUUACAUUACGUAGCCGAUUCGAUGACGAUCGGUUGACAGCCCGUUCACGUCGAUCGACGACGACGAACGGGAAAAGCUGCAAAAUGGUGCUAAAAUCGUAGAUUGGAUCAUGGAGAAAGACUGAAAGUAGAAACGAAUUCACGGCGCGACGUGACGUCCAUCUCUUUUACGCUCUUCCCGCACUGACCGCCGUGACUAAAAAAAGAAAAUAAUAAAAAAGGAAAUUACAAUUCAGUAAAGUUUAAGACUGCAACUCUAUGCUGUUCCGGGGAUUCUCUUGCUAAACGUUUACGAUAUUUUAUUGUUCUCCAUUAACUAUUGGAUCGUUGAUUAAUUAUACCAGCAUCUGCAGCUUUAAUUUUAAUUUCAUCCUUAAUCUUUUUAGAAUUUGCUACAAUUUUAACAUUUCACAAAUUUAUUUUAAUGUUUUUUUUGCUUUGCGUACUACUUAUGAUCUUAUGACCUGGUAUUUAAUUCCGAAAUGAGAAUUUUAUUUUUAAUAUCGUUCAGGGGCAAACGAUGAUCACUAUAUUUAUGCACUUCAACAGAUUCGAGCAAGAGCUCGCAAUACUCGCGUGUGUACCAAGGCGGAUGCACGAGACUCGAUCGAAUCAGGCCAACGGUUAAUGAGAUCAAUAAAAGCACCGAGUCACGACACAACAUGUUGCGAGGACCCCGGCCGGGAUGGAAAGGUGCUAUUUUACGAAGAUUCGUUUUAACGUUACGUGUCUAGUAUAUAUAGUUCGCUCGCGCUGCACGAAUCAUCAUGCUAUAAGUACAAUUGUUAAGUACUUGUUAACACGAAUACAUUGUUAUCGUUGCCUGAGUUGCUGUUAUCGGUUUUGUUAGUACGUUGUACUAUUACGGACUAAUAAUACAAGAACGACGCACUAUGAUUAUGCAAGUAAAUUAUGACGGAUAGCGUAGUGUAUAACGCGAGGUGAAGCCUAACGCGUUUUAUUUUGCAGACGAUGACGAUCCAAGACAUCUCCAUAGAAAAGAUACCAUUAUACUCACUUUACGUCUUUAAAUUAUACUAAAAUUCUAUUCGCUCUGUACAACACUCUAUACAACGUAUAGCACAUUUUUUAAAAAUAGCAUAAUUGUCAUCUGCAAAGUUUAAGCUCGUUAGACGCAUCCGUUCGCUAUCGAUAUAAGUGUCUCGCGUACGUUUCUCUCUUUCGGAUCCAAAACCAUCCCCGACGAUCGAUCGCUUGCUCGUGCGAAGGGGGAGAAAGCGAACGAGAUGAAUUGUAAUUGUCGGAAAUAUGUGUCAAUUUUUAAUGUAUUAUACAAAUACGUUGUAGUCGAUAAACGAUUUUGAACGGCGUCUCACGUCAAGUGGCACGAAAGGAUUCGUGCACCAUGACACGCAAACGAUGAUUCGUCGUCUCAUCGAGAAUGACAUUCUCGCAGAAGAAUAUCGUUCUACUAUAUAGACGCUAUAGCCAUUACUAUACAAUACUAUGAUAAACUACAAGGUAUACGAUGAUGCGAAGCCGAAGCUGCACGGCAUAAGGUUUCACUCCCCCGGCACAUUUUAACGCUUUAUAUUCGAACGCAUUGCGUUUGUCGAACGUUAAGUGAGUUCUUUUUCCCACUGGAUUAACAUUAUCACUUGUACAUUUAGCGACUGAAUUUUUGUCAGCUCAUUACAUGUUCGCAUCGGCGGUGUUAUCUUCGCUAGAAGUAUCGCGAGUAACGUAGAUCAUUCCGUGCCAAGUAGCAUAAAUUUUGAAAUAAGCCGUAAUUACGAGCGAAUGUGAUUUAGAUUUUAAUUAAUUAUAUUACAUAAUUAUAUAUAUAUUAAAUAUUAAAUUAUAUUUUAUCUUUUAGGUAUACGGAUGACUACUAUAGUAGCCAAGAUGAUUACGAUUAUGCACGGAAGUUGGUAAAAAAAAAGAAGCCGUUUAUUCCGGAUUUUACAUAACGAUGUAGGCCCGUUCAUCCGAAAGCAGAUGGUUUAACAUAUACCGGGUGUGCGCUAUAAUUCACUUCGACUAUGCCGAACGAAAAUCAUGAGUUAUACAUGCUGGUAUACGUGCUAUUUUGCUUUUGAUAUACAUCGGUAUAUUUUAUAUUCGUGAAGCAUUGCAUUUACGGUGCAACGGGUUUCUCGACUUUUUAUAUACAUGAUUUUACACAAAGCGCUACCUUGACUGCUGUAAAGGACGACUUACUUUUCCCCAUUUCUCGUCCGCGCAUAUCUACAUGUCGUUUCGAGGAUAUGCCGAGCGCGCGUUAGCACAUUCAGAAUAUUUAUAUCACGAAAUAGUUUAUCGGUGCGCGUCGCGACGCGCAUAACUUACGAUACCCAUAACGAAGGAGGUUUCUUGUUAAUUACACGUCCGCAGUUAGCGUGACUGGCUCCGUCCGCCGUUAGUAUUUACUUGGAGUAAUUGUUUAUUUUUUAUUUCGGUCAAAAGUCAUAGCACAACUCGGAUAAAGCGUUCCGUACGCCGUACGUCAGGGAAACGGUCGCCAGGAGUUUGUACAUGUGAUAGAGAUAAUGGAAAAGUUCCGCAGAGACGAAAGAUUUGCGACAUCAGUGCGGCUGACACGUUUUCUGGCGUUUCUCGUAGUUCGCGAAAACGUAGUUUUCCCGAUGAGCGUGCCCGAUGAGCGCCUAACGAGAACGCCUCAUUUUAUCGUAUCGUCCGAGCGAUCAGUCUCAGGUGCUACCGAGAUUUAUUCGCAUUAUUAUAAUUACGAGCUCAUAACUGAUAAGCAGCGGCGCCGUGCCGACAUUACGAACAAAGAGAACAAAAAAAUAAAUAAAUGCGUGCCAAAGUGACCCCGAUUAUAAGGGGAUGAACGAUGUUCUACGGAAGGAAGAUACGCGAGGGGUGUGUAAGCUGCUCCGGAUGUGAAACGUGCGACCAGAUUUCUUCGUUUACGGACAGUCGCGCGGUUCGACUCCUUACGGUCUAGAUUGAAUCUCUGUUUAAUUAGUUGACUUGUGAAGAAAGAGAAAAGAAAGUACCCUGGAUACUAAAAUCACUUAAACGUUCAGUGAGCAUAACGCAAGCAUAAUUUUUUAGAUAAACAGAAAUACAAUUUCAACAUUUUAGUCGCAUUAUUGUAGACAUCCUUUUUGUUUUAAGAAAUUCUCUCCGUCUUUCUGUGUACUUGAGUUUCUUUUCCUCUGGGAGGUUUCACAAAUUCAACGAAGAAGGCGAGUCUCGCAAAAGUCCGCAAACGCAGAAGGAUUUCAAUCUGAUUGUUCGCUUCCGCGUUCGUUGCGAGCGUAAACUAGUUGUUACAAUCUUUUAACUGUUGAAUUUUUGCUGUAGCAGUAAGUGUCUUAACGUAUACCUUAUAUAAACUACACGAUAAUAUAUUCUAUAUUAAUGUUUCUUAGAUUUAAAUCUAACAUACUGGACGGACGUGUCCACGACGAGUGUCGUCGCUUGCGCUCUCUUAAGUUCGAAUUGAAAUGCUCUCUUAAGUGCUCAUUGUUGGAAUCUGCGAAACAAAGCGACUCGGUUAUUUACGUCGCGAGAUCGUAUCGACGACGUCGAGAGGAUAAAGAAUGAGAAGGUCAAGUGUUUCAAUGUAAAGAUAUUAACCCGUGGAUGACAAUGUGGUUACUUGGAACUGAUGGCAUUUAUCGAAAGUAAAAUAUUUCAGACUGGAACUUGGUAAUACUUUUAUUUGUAAGUGACUGUAAUUAUCGUAUUACUACUUAUAGAAAAAAUUAACUCUGAAAGAUGUAAACUAAUUGGGCAUUAAUAGACUUUCUUAUUCGGUAAGAAAGUUGCAAGGCGACGAAAACUUCAUCGGAGAACGUCCGGCCGGUCGUCUUAAAAAUUAAUACAAUCUAAAUGUGAUAAUAUAUUUGCUAUUAAAUUAUGACAUAACGAUUACAUUAUAAUUAAUUAACACUGCGCGAAAACGUACGAAGAACAAAGAAAAAUAAGCAAUUUUAAGAGUCCGUAUACAUUGAACGGUGGUGGCGUUACGAGGGUGAUCUGAAUAUUCGAACUAUGGCAUUUUUUCUGCGAGAUAUGCAAGAUCGGCUGAGCGAGUACAAAGCGAUUAGAAAAUCGACACUGUCGAGAUCUGAUCGAAAUUAAUACGAAAAUAGAUGUGUAAUUUUUUAUAGAUUAGUUCUUUGCGCUAAUCCUGUCCUUUUUAAUGUCAUUACUUCUCAUGCCAAAUUUUAUCGUUACGUUUCAGGAAUAACUAAGAUAAAUAAUAUUCCGUAAUAAACGGAGAAUAAUAUUAAUAAUUAUCUAAGCCAUAAAAAAAAUGCC